GCACACAGAUGCAAGGAAUCGUGAAGUGAACGGCGACUGAACUCCAGCAUAGCCCAAUGACACUAAUGCACGGCCUCCAACUAACAUCAGGGGAUCGUAAAAUCCUGUACUCGGAUUUUGUAUUCAUCAUAGUAUUUGGCAUAUAAUUUCAGUCCGCGACGCUGCUUCUUGGGUUGAAUCACUUCACUCUCAGCAUUCCAGCAACUCAUCGGACACUUGACCAUACGUCCCCUUUUCUCGAUCGUAUCGAAACGGCAAACGCGGCACUGGGAUAUCCCCCUUUCAACAUGCCAGCGCUUCACAAAGUCACCGCGGCCGCCGCCCUGGUGCUGUCACUACCGUCCCUCGCCGCCGUGAUCCAGCGGUCCGGCAACGAGACGACCCGGAUCGUCAAUAACCGCGCCGCGGAACCCCCCCGCCCUGUCGCAGACGGAAUUGACUGGGCCUAUGACUUUGAGGUCAAGUUCCAGCCCCUCGUGGACUUCGACACAGACAGCUGCUACAAUGUCCCCGCCAUGGACAAUCACAACCGCGCGUCCGAAGGGCUCAAUCCCGCUUACGACUCGGACGUCAGCACCUGUCGCCCGCGCUCCGCCCUCGACCGCGGCGGCUCUAACGUUUACGUCCGGGGCCGCUGCAACCGGGGCUGGUGCGCCUUCGUCUACGCCUACUACUUCCAAAUGGACUUUGCCUGGUCCUGGCCUUUGGACAGCUGGAACCACCGCCACGAUUGGGAGCACGUGGUGGUCUGGGCCAAGCUGGGCCAGCCGCGCAGCGUGUCGGUCUCGUGCCACGGCGACUACGAGAGCCUCGUGACCGAGGACGACGAGCUCCGCUUCGGUCAAACGCCCAAGGAGUUCCCCUACUACCACACGACGCUGAAACCCGCGGCCACGCACCCCAAGGUCGUGUACCACAAGGACGGCGUCCGCACGCACUGCUUCCGCUUCGCGAAGAAGGCCGACGACUCCGAGGGCCCGGAGAACGAUCGGGGCGUGUGGAUCCGCAGCGGCCUGGUGAGCAUGCUGAUGAUGCCUACGGAAUGGUGGGAGAAGUUCAGGUCUCACAACUGGGGUAGCGCCCACCUUGCCUGGGCCAACGAGGACGACUUUGCUGGGCACCUUAUCGAGACCAUGCCGCAGGAGGCGAGGGACGAUGAAUUUGAUUGUGCCUAUGACGAGUUGCCGGAGAAAAAGGGUUGGCCUAAGGACUGGCAGAAAUGGAUGUAGAGGCGAUGAGGGAGCAGGGUUGGCAUGAAAAAGGGUCCACGGAGGCAUUCAGAGGGAUGGAUGGAUAGAUAUUUAUGCCGCCCGGAGGCGCUAAGCCUAAAGGGCCAUGAUGCUAGUUAUUUAAUCCCUCCCUGUGUUACUGCCUUGAUUUCGUACAAGCCCUUAAUGUUAUCAUUCCCAAAGCAGUAGUUCUCAA